GUAAAUGUAACAAGCUCCUCCUGUUUAGUUUGAAAAAUGUCCUAAACAUCCUCAAAAUGAUAUUGUACUCUUCUGCUUAUCAAUUGAAUGUAAAGAGGUAUGUAUUUAAGUUAUUAUAACCCUCUAGCCACUAUGUAAGGAUUGUUGUAAAUUACAUGUUCAUUGGCAUAAUCAAUAAGGGACUUAAGCAAACUUAGAUACAGUAGAUAAUGUCAGACAAUAAUUAUUGACAGAUGUACAUGAAAUGAAACUUCGAUUUGAAGAGUAAAAAUAUAUUUUAUAUAUAUUUUAGAGAAAGAGCUAUUCUUCAUCAUUUUAGUGAUAGUGAAUAAUCUGAGGCUGUGAAAUAAAUGUAAAAUAAACUGUAGAAAGUUAAAUAAACCCUUUUGGCAGCAGUGCAUGAUUACUGUCAUUAAUUGGAAGAAUAAGUAAAAUAGCGUAUCCAAUUACAUAGAGUAUAUAAUUCAAUUCUAAAUUAUAGUAAUCACAUCCUGGAGAAAAGAAAGAACUUCAUCAUAAAUUAAAUACUAUUAUCAAUAAUUUAGAUCAAUAGGAAAAGAUGUUAUUACAACCGAAAUAUAUAAGAGGUUGUUUAAUGGUUAUGACUGAAGAAUAAAAUCAUGAUUUUGAUUAAAUUACAUUUGAUGUAGAUAAUGCUCUAAAACAUUAUCUAUCUAAUGCUUUUGAUGUUGUUAUUUCAGAAGAUAAAUUGGUCAGAAUAGUCUAAUCAUUUAAUGAAUAUGUAGAAAUACAAGAAGUAAAUCUAAGGGAAGAAUUAGACCAUUAUACAAGAAAAAUUAGAGAUACAAAAAAAAACCCUCAUGAACCUCUAAAUAAAUAAUUUAAUACAACUUCCUAGAAAUAAUUAUAACCAAAAGAAUCUAAAUUAAUGCAAUCCAUUUAUGAUGAUAAAUUUAGACCUACAUUUCAACCAGGUGCAUCAUAAUAUAGACCCAAUUUCAACGAAAGUAAAGCUGAUUAAAUCAUGUCAAAAUUUUAUCAUUGAU